AUGCUGGUGGCUGAUGAAGGGCGUGGGAGCCCCAAAAUCCUCAAAAAUAGUGAGCUUCACCGAGUGCGUCUUUUCACAGCGUACAAUGGCGACCUUCUGAGCCUCGAUGACGUCACACCACGCAAAAAUCCCCAACUUCUCUCUCAGACAAAGACAACUUCGAUGAAUACACCCGAUCAGCAGGGCAUUUCGCAUCGUGCAUGCGACCACACCAUCUGCAUGUCCGGUCACCAGACAGACGGCAACCGGACUUUCCUUCACUACGACGUUCACUCUCUCUAUGGCUGGUCGGAGACGGUUGCGACGUAUAAGGGUCUGCAGCAAAUCUUCCCCGGCAAGAGGCAAGUGGUUCUUUCCCGGUCCACUUUUCCCGGUUCAGGCCAGUACGCGGUUCACUGGCUGGGCGACAACUCUGCGACUUGGAGUCAUAUGCACAUGUCGAUCAUAGGAAUGCUCGAAUUUAACCUCUUCGGCGUGCCAAUGGUGGGCGCAGAUAUCUGUGGUUUCUUCGGUGAGCCUGACAUGGAGAUGUGCGCGAGGUGGAUGCAGCUAGGGGCCUUCUACCCCUUCAGCCGCAACCACAACACCAUCGACACCGCUGACCAGGACCCAGCUGUUUGGCCGGAAGUCGCCGAGAUAUCGCGGGAGAUCCUGUUGCUCCGGUAUCAGUAUCUCCCUUAUCUGUACGCCCUCUUCCAUAGGGCACACAUGCACGGCGAAUCAGUGGUACGACCUGUGUUCUCGCUGAGCCCGAACGACCUGACUGCCCUCGACGUGGACGACCAGUUCCUGUGGGGAGACGGCAUCAUGGUGGCCCCCGUCGUUACCCAGGGGGCCACGGGGAGGGAGGUCUUCUUCCCAGAGGGCGAAUGGUACGACCUGCUGACGGGCGUGCGAGAGGCCUCAGGAGCCGCCCACUCGAAGUACGUGGAGGCGCCGUUAGAGAGGAUUCCGGUGUAUGCGAGAGGGGGCGUGGCGCUCCCCUAUCAGGUCCCUGGACUUAAUACAGUGCAGAGUCGUAAAAACCCGUUCGGCAUCACCCUCCCCCUGAACGCGAGCGGCGGGGCGAGCGGCGAGCUGUUCUGGGACGACGGCGACGGCGAGCACGUAAUGGACGAGACCUUCCUGGCGACGGUCGUCUUCGCGGAGGACGUCCUCACCAUGACAGUGACUCACAGCCCAGACCCCGUCCAGGGACUCAAGCUCGAGACCCUCCAGUUCUUCGGGUAUCCUUCGAAUCCUGCAGGAGUCCAAGUCAAUGGUGCCGACCUCCCUGCCUCCGAAUGGGCUUUUAAUGGCGACGUCCUAUCGGUUUUCCUCUCCGUGCCUUUGGGGGAGGACCUGGUGGUGACGCUGGGGUGAAAUUUGGUGGAGGGUACGGUGGAGGGAAGAGGGUGGAGGGGAGGGGGGGGAGAGGGGGAGGUAUGAAGGGAUUAGGAGGGAAUGAAGGGGUGGAGGGAAUAUGUAAAUUAAUAUAAGGGGAAUAGGAAGGAUUGGGAGGGUGAUAAAGGAUGGAAGGAGGAUGUAAGGAAAUGAAGAAAUCGAAAUACCGAAGAUUUAAAGAAAAAAGAAAAGAAAGGAGGCAAGGAGGAAAAAAAGAAGAAAAAAGGAAGAAAUGAAAGGAAAAGGUCUUGUUGUGUUGAUUUCUUGUUGUUCCAUUGUUUGAAUGUUGAAAAUUUAAGGAAAAGAUUAAGCCAAAUUAGCAAGACAAGAGUUUAUGAUAAGCAACUAAUCGGAAAAUAAAACUGAUUCGUAGUGUA